CAGGCAUAUAACCGUUCUGUUCUUGUAAUAAUCACAUUGUUGUGUUGCUAACAGUAUACACAUUUAUUAUCUAUUUAUCACCAGUAAUUUGUUUUUCAAUUCCAUUUCAGUCAUGAUGAGAGUUUUGGAAAAUCCCACACAUGUAAUUAACAACAGAAGAGUAAAGGUGCAAAAAGCAAAAAUGAAAGACAAUGAAAAUGUACAAGAUGAUAAUGACUCUAAUUGUACUAUAGAAGUGUCUGGUUGUGACCCACACACUCGGUUAGAUACAAUAGGACUGUAUUUUGACAGCAAACGUCGGUCUGGAGGUGGGGAUGUAAAUGAAUGUCGACAAGAAGGUGACAAGUUUAUCGUGGUUUUCGAAAAACGUGAUUCUGCUGUGAGAGUUUUAAAACAACCCAGACAUAUCAUUGAUGACACAACAGUUGUAGUGAAGUCAGUGGAACAAUCAGAAAGUAAAACGUUUGCUAAUGACGAAGACGUAUGUAGUGAUGAGGAUCCCUUUGAAGACUGUAGAUUGGAAGUUACAGGAUUCAAUCCCGACACAAGUAUAGAUGUAUUGGAACUGUACUUUGAAAGCAGAAGAAGAUCAGGCGGAGGAAGUUUAAUUAAUAUUGACAAAGAUGAUCCAGAAAAAGUGACCUUAACUUUUGAAAGCAAUGAAGCCAAGAAGCAAGUACUACAACGUCAACACACUAUUGACAAUGUAACCCUGACAGUGAAAGAACCACCAAAGCGCAAGAAACUACCAAAGGACAAACAAUGUUUAUUAAUAACAGGACUUGCAGAUAACACAUCAAAAGAAAAUAUUGAACUGUUUCUGGAAAGUAGAACUGGCAUAGAAGGCAAUUCCAAAAUAUUAUUUGGUGAAGAACCAGAUUCACAUUUUCAAACGAUUGUCCAGAAAGUUAGUGAACGUUCACUGAAUGGUGCCACACUUGUGGUGAAAGCGGUGACUGUAACUGACAGUAUUCUGAUUCUAAAUCUACCAGAAAAUAUCACUAAAGACACAAUUGAAUUUUAUUUUGAGAAUCAGAAAAAAAGUGGUGGUGGUGAUGUAGAAGAAGUAACACUAGAUCAUGAAAAACAUGUUGCUGUUGUAUACUUCGAAGACUAUCAAGUUGUUAAAUCGGUAAUUUCAAGACACCAUGUUAUAAAUGGAGUUGAACUUGAUGUCCACCCUUAUUACGAAUGUCUUGGAUUUACUGUCUCCUGUGAUGAACCUAUGCCAAGAAUACCACAGCCACUUCCAUACAAAGUCAAUCCUGAUAUCAUCAAAUUUAUUAAGAAUACUGACCUAGAAGAGUUUACAAACACCAUGAAACAGUUAUAUGCUCGAGUAGAGUGGCCACAUCAAGACAAAACUGAUGUUCUGUUGUUGACACCAGACCUCCCAGAAAACACAAAUAAUCUCCACAAAAUAACCAAAUCAUGGAUGAGUGAUCUGGAGAAUGGUCUGGAUAAAUAUCUGCAGAGUUUUAAAGGUGUCACAAUUCCUGUAAUGGAAGGCAUUUGGCUCCAAGUUGUUGCUCAAUUGAAGAGAUGGUCACAGGAUAAAGAUGCGUGUAUGACCAUGGACCAGUCAUCAUGCACAGUUUUCCUAACUGGAAAGUCUGAUAACGUUUCUGAACUUAAAUCAAGGAUAGAGAGUGUAGUCAAAGACAUUAAAGAUAAAAUGCAGAAAGCAAAGGAGAGAACCACUGAGAAAAUCAAAGUCAAUACCCUUCAAGCAAGACAGCUUCAGGUGUGUGAAUACAAAAAUCUGGUACAUGACAAACUCCCUGAUGUAGAUGUGGAGAUCAUUCUUGAAACAGAAACAUUAUCUUUGGAAGGACUUCCCCAUGAUAUACCAAAGGCAAAAGUAUUGAUGUACGAGACAUUGGAAGGUUUAUCAACUACAAAGAUGAAACCACCAAAUACAUUAUGGUUGCAGUAUCUUAAAACUAGUAAAGUUUCUAAACGUCUACAUGACAACUUUAGUUCUGUAAAGAUAGAUGCAUGCUACCUUUUACAAGAUGAUGAGAUUGUAUGUUCAGCUAUUGACAAAUCCACCCUCGACAAAGCUGUUAACAUUAUUAAAACUAACAUAAAAGAACUGAAAAUAGACAUCAAACCAGAGUCAGAGGCAGCUUUACAGCAACUUGAAUGGAAAACCAUGGUAUCAGAUCUGGAACAAAGAAAGAAUGUAAUUAUUUCAAAAGAGCACAAUAGGGUAUCGAUUAUUGGCUUUGAGACUGAUGCAGAUUCGGUCAUGUCUGAGCUAAACACAUUCAUUCAAGUGCACACCAUCAUUGAAGAUUUUGUAGAAGCAGAAAAUGGCAAACUACGCUACAUUUCUGAAUACAAAAAAGAUGACAUAUCCAAAAUACAGAUCGAGUCUAGGGUCCAGCCAUUCAAAAUCACGCCAAAAUACAAUGGUCCAGUAGGAUUCGUUUUCAAAGGUACUGAAAAUGAUGUUAAGACAGCAAGAGUGAAGGUUCAAAAGCUAAUUGAUGUUAUCUAUGCACAUCCUUAUCCAGUCGACAAACCUGGCAUGCCAAAACUCUUCAAGGAAGAAAAAGGAAAGAAUCUUAUUAAGUUAGUGGAAAACGAAAUAAACUGCAAAAUAGACAUAAAUCAUCCAUCUGAAAUUGAAACAAAGGGCGCUGGAGAAGAAGCAGAGAAGCACUUUAAAGAAGCUGCUUUACAGCCAACACUGAAAAUUGUGUGCCAGCAUGCAAUCCAUGGUGGUAGAAGAAUUGUAGUAGGCAAAGGCGAUUUAACAAAAAUGGCUGUUGAUGUAGUUGUCAAUUCAGCAAAUACAUAUAUGAGUUAUACUGGUGGAUUAUCUAAAGCAAUUGCAGACGCAGGUGGGCCGGCAAUUCAUAAAGCAUGUGAAGCUAUUUUAAGGAAACAACAUGGAAGACUGCACCCAGGCCAAGCAGUGCAUACGACUAGUGGUAAGAUGCCAUGUAAAGCAAUCAUUCAUGCUGUUGGACCAUCAUCAAACAAAGUAAACCAUCAAAGUGGGUACUCAUCAGUACGGGAUCCAUAUUCUCAAGAAGAAAAUUUGCUUACAGAUGCAGUGCAGAACAGUCUGACUCUGGCCGAAGAGUUGGGAUACAGCUCAAUAGGCAUACCAGCAAUCAGUUCAGGGACAAUGGGAUUUUCCCUUGAUCUGUGCACAAACACUAUUGUCAGUGCUGUUGAUGACUGGGCUAAAAAUACUCCACCGGGUAUAUUACUUGAGAUACGCUUGGUGGAUAAUUCUGACAAUACUUGUGAGAGUUUUAAGCAUGCUAUGAUGAAACAUUUUGGAGAGGAUAACAUUACUCCUUCAUCUUCAGGUCGUGAUAAAAGAAAAACCCAUGGUGGAAGACGAAAUAAAGCAAGGCAGCAAUCAGGAGGCAUUAAAACAGCACAGCAAAAUAGUAGCCCAAAACACGUGGCACCAAACACAUCUUCCAUUCGUGAUGAUGAACUUCCAUUUUCAAGUCGUGGUAUCCAAGUCACAUCAAACCCAGGAGAAAUUAGCAUAAGAGAUGGAAAGACAGUUCGUUUGGUUAAAGGAAGUAUAUCUUCAGAGAAGGUUGAUGUAAUUGUGAACACAACACAGCCCACAUUUAAUCUCAACACUGGCGCAGUUUCUAAAUCCAUCUUACAAGCAGCAGGGACACAGCUACAGCAAGAAAUUAAUAAUAAAAAAACAAGUGGUGUUUCUACAAACGAAGGGGAUGGUAUUGUGACCAGUGGGGGAAACAUGCAGUGUAAUAACAUCUACCAUGUGUUAUGUUGUGGAUGGGAUUCUAAUGGAAGCAAAGCUAGUCAGGUUUUGAGGAAGAUUAUGCAAAACUGCUUAAACACAGCAGCACAGAGUGGAUAUAAAUCCAUUGCUUUCCCCGCUAUUGGUACUGGUGGUUUAGGAUUUCCAAGAGAUGUAACUGCUGAAAUUAUGUAUGAAGAAGUCAUAGCAUACAUCAAUGACAAUCCUGCAAGUUCUGUUUCUGAAAUACGCUUUGUGGUGUAUGACCAGGACUUUGCAACAAUACAGGUAUGUCGGCAGCAGCCUGAUACUGUCGUCAUGACAGGCGCUGGAAAUUUGAAAUGUAAUAAGAUACUUCAUAUGAUAUCACCAUACACAAAAUUAGAAGAUAGUGUUAUUAAGAUGUUGAAAUUUGCUGAGAAACACAAACUGAAAUCGAUUGCCAUGCCUGCAGUUGGAGCAGGAGCUCCCCAAAACGUUGCUCGUGAAAUCCUGAAUGCUAUUGGUGAAUUUGUACAGCAAUGCGACCCGCAAUUCCUGGAGGUCAUUCGGAUUACAAUAUUCCAGUCAUCGCGUGUUGCAAUAUUCAACAAGGAAAUGAAGAGUAUGGUUGACAUCCCUAUGAAAGACACCAGAGGGGUAUUUGGAAAAGCAUGGGGAGCAAUAAAAUCCCUUGUUGGAGGAUCUGAUAAUUCUACCAGAGUCAAGAUGAUUGAUACCAUUAUUCUACACAUAUAUGCUGAUAGAAAGAACAUUAUCGAUGACGCUAUUACCAAAAUCAAUCAACUAA